CCUUAUUAGAAUACGGAUCAUAUAUCACAGAUAGAGAACUUAAUCUAAAAACUUAAAUUUUUGUUGGUUUUUUUCAACUCUUUUUCAAAAUGUCGAAAAUUUAUCUGAAGGCAAUGGAGGAGGUGGUUCAGCAGAACAUGGACAACACGAACCGGAUUACGGAGCAGGCUCAGGGGUUUGUGGUGUCGGAGAAUGCCUCGGAUAGUCUAUUGCACACUUCCUUUGAUCUGACCACGGCCCAAUCGAUUGUUAAGCACCUGCACGCCAGCUUCCUAAAGUUGGCCCAGAGCUGUGUUCGUGAUAUAGAUCCCGAGGAUAGGUUGUGCUUCUUGCGCGUGAAAACCAGGAAGCACGAAUUCCUGGUUAGUCCGGAGGAGGCUUUCACGGUGACCGUAGUGUUGUAACCCCCUCGCCAAAGAUAGGGUUAAAGCAGUGUGGGCAGUGUUGCCCAAAAGAUAAAAAAUGAGAAACACUCCUACAAGUAUCCACUACUAUCUCACUCACUCAUUGAUGGUGUUGUUGUUGCAGAUCACCGUAUUCCAGUAUUUCAUUAACCCCCGAAAACUAAACGAGCCAUUAAAUUAUGAACAGAACAUUUAUGCGUGUGACCGGCCAAACUAAAUUAUGUUUAUUAUGUAAUUAAGAUGUUGGCAGAGAUGCCGAUGUCGGCCAUUAAAAGACUACGAAGCGGGCAAAAAUCUGCAAAAAGCGGAAAA